UUAUUUUUUUUAGCUCUACCCUAUACGAAAAAUCCAGAUGAAAGCAAAACAUUUGCUCUGUACUUUACUAAACAGUGGCAAGAUACUCUCCUGCUAUCAUUAACCAAUUUCUUUGCAACCGUUAUCCAGCACAUGCCGAUGCCAACUCUGAUGAAUUACACAGAAGAUGCUCAAAAAAUAACUAAGCUUCAGGAGCGUAAUGAAUCGUUGAAGAAACGUUUAGUCCUGUUACUUGAUAGAGAUCCUAAAGAUGACUUGAAGCCUUGUGAAGUAGAUCCUCCCAGACAACUGAUGGAUGAUUUCUUUUGUAUUGCUCCGGAAACUGUAGGCGAAACUCAGGCGAGAGGUUUCAGGAAUUUAAUUCGUAACAUGAGUGCAAGCCCAAUAUUGGGGAAGAAAGACAAUUCUGGUACCAAGAAAAAGUCUGGUGCCGGCAAGUCAUGAAAUAUUGGAAAAUAUCAAUUUCAUCUCCACCAACAGUCAAUAACUUGUGUGAUGAUUGUGUGUUGUGUUGUGUUAUAGAAGUGAUGUCUGAAUGUAUGAGAUGUGAGAUGUUACUGUAGGUUAUUGAGUACCUGAAUAUCAACUCAAAAUUUCAUUUUGAUACCACUUGGUGUCUCCCAUCUCAUGAUUAUCUAACUCAUUGAAGGAAUUACCAUGUCAUUUCCAGUAUGACGAAAUCACUUUGCCAGCAAUCGUUUACCUUUUCAGCACCAAAAGCUCACAGUUGCCUACCUGAAGAUAUGAAAAAAGUCAAUUCCUAUACAUUUUUCAGAAAAGCAUUCAAAAAAUUAAUUUGUGAUUCUUCGAGAUCAUUUGUUAUUGAGAGAAAAUAUGAAAGUAACAAUAUCAUAAUUGUAAUGAUCUUAUAUAAGCUUGAAGUUAGCAGUAGCGAUUAUAUUUUUAAAAAUAUCUCAUUUCAAUUUAGUUACUUUUGUGCAGCCCCUCAUGACUCACUUGUAAUGAAGUUUAUAUUUUCGAAUAAGUCUAUACUGAUUAUUCAUUCAAAAACUGCUAUGAAUUUCAUUAUCACCUUCAAACAAACGAAAAACUUCUAUUGGACAUUUAUUUAUAUGGUACAUUGUAUUUCAUUUUCAUUUAAUUGUUGCGUGUUAUACCCAUCUCGAAACAAGUGUUAACUCACUUAUCGAGUUAAAUCAGUUGAACAAAUGAUGUAAAAUUAUUAUUAUUAUUUUAUUAUCAUCACAAGAAACUCACAUUCCUUUUUUGUCUAGUCCUAAAUUGAUAUUUAUUAGUGAAAAUGUUUCCAAAAUUGGUAUAUGAAUAUUAGAUAUUAUAGAUGGUGUUGAAACGAUUAAGUAUUCAAAAUUUUUUCUGUAGUUUCGCAGGGUGUUUCAAUAUUUUAUAUUCCAAAAAAUCACCUGGACAGCUUAUUACUAGAAAUUCUCCUAAUUCCAUUCAACAUAUCUUAUCAAGAGUCUAUUGAGUAUAUUUGUAAUUUGACCUCAGAAUAAUUAUUGUUUAUAUUCAAAAUAAAAGAAGUGUAGAUUGUCCAGAUAUUUCCUUGGGAUACAAACUAGAAGAAAGAAUAUUAAAGUAGGAUAGGUUAGGUCCAAAGUGAGUGAGUCUAUUCAACCCCC